AUGUACAAGUUGGGGCAUUGUGGCGGUGAUGUGAGAUUGAGGAAUAUUAUCUCGGGACAUUUGGAAGUGCGUGACUUCUAUGACCACGAAGAAGAUGAUGUCGGAGGCUACAUAGCCGACUUCAAGCGACACGUUGCAGUAAGAGGACGUGCGAUUCCACAUCGUCGGGGACGUCCGGUAAGUCGUCUCAGUUUGAGACGACGACGACCUGCUGCAGAAGCGCUCGAUGAAGUCGUACCAGCACGAAGAGCACGAAUCGAGGCCGUACAGGAUAUUCCGCGUAACGAGCGGAACAUACCCGUGAUCACAUUAUCACCCGAUGUGAUGAUUCGCAGGAAAUCGCAGCUUUUCGUGUGCCCAGUCCAGCUGAAGAAGAAGAAUAUCACGAUAUUUCGCCACGAGUACGUGAAAAUGAAGAAGAGAAGGAAGAAGAAGAAGAAGAAGAAGAACAGACUCAAGAAGCGGUUGAGCGGGGAGAAGACAAUACUGAGAGUGAGGAGGAGGAGGAGGAAGAUGCUAGAGACUACCCCAUUGAUGUUGAAGGUAAUAAUAUUCUAUACUUAA